AAAAUAGUUUCAGUGUUAAAAUGUAAGGUUUCCUAAUAGAAAAAUAUCUGAUAGCUUGUUGUAUGCCAGGCACAGUGCUAUGUACUGGGAAUGUCUAAUGAUCUUGACCUUAUAGCAUUUGUAAUUCUAUCAGAGAAUAACAAUAUGUAAUUAUAAACUUUAAAAGAUUUUCAAAAAUAUUUUUAUUCUAUGUCCAGGCGUAUGUAUAUGUGUAUGUGCACCUGUGCAGUGCCCUCAGAGGCCAAAAGAGGGCAUUAGAUCCCUUGGAGCUGGAGUUACAGGCAGUCUGAGCCAGCUGACCCAAGUGCUGGCAUUCUAAUUCUGGUCUUCACGAUUGAGCAGUACUUGCUCUUAACCACCAAACCAUAUUGAUUUUUUUAGGUGUUAUGUACGAAAUAUUAGGAUAGUUAGGGUGGGAGCAGUCCCUAGGGACUGAGCCCGGGACCAUGCUAAGCAAGUGUCCUACCACUGCACUAACUGGGCAGGCAUCCACAGGGUAGGUAUCCAAAGAUGUAGCUAAAUGUUUGCAUGUCCAAAUCUUUUAUUUGCUGGGAAGAUUCUGUAAAAUACAAGUACUAAACCUAAAACUGCUUAUUUGGAAUUUAAAAAUAUUUUCAGAUACAUUUUAAAUUCACGGCAAAUUUCAGCUUAAAGUACAGAGUUCUCAUCUGCGUCCUGGGGCCCUCCCUCCUCAUCCCCAACAAUCUGAUGUGGUUUUGUUGUUGUUUUCUUCUGGUGCAGAGGAUCCGCUCCCAUCACCUUUCACAUGCGAAGCGAGGCUUCACGCAUGCUUUUCUGUUCCUUUGACUCUGAUCUAUUAAAUCAUGAUUAAGUACAUCAAAGCACAGGUGUCGAAGUAAGAACUACGUUUCCCAGAGUGCAAUGCAGCACGUCACAGAGAAGUACCCGGCAUGCGCAGAGGAGUCCUCCGCGCUCGACCGCGCUCAUAAGAGAAACAGCGUGUGUGGUUCUUGACGCGCCGCGAACCUUCGAACGCAAGUGCGAGACUACCCUGUGAGGAAACGUUCCAGGGAUUCGCCUGUUCCCGCCAUCGCAGUUACCAGCGCGACGUGCUGUUUCUUCCUGUGCUCGAUCAAGAUGUAGAACUCUCAGCUCCUCUAUCACCAUGUCUACCUACACGCUGCCAUGCUUCUCACCAUGAUGAUAAUGAACUGAACCUCUGAAACUAUGCCCUUCCCAGGCCCGUCCCAUGGCCCUUGUGUCUGCUGAUUCUCGAAUUGCAGAGCUUCUCACAGAGCUCCAUCAGCUGAUCAAGCAAACCCAGGAAGAGCGGUCGAGAAGUGAGCACAACUUGGUGAACAUCCAGAAAACCCACGAGCGGAUGCAGACAGAGAACAAGAUUUCUCCUUAUUACCGGACAAAGCUUCGAGGCCUCUACACAACCGCCAAGACUGAUGCGGAGGCCGAGUGCAACAUCCUCCGCAAAGCGCUGGAUAAGAUAGCUGAGAUCAAGUCUCUGUUGGAAGAGAGGCGGAUUGCGGCCAAGAUCGCAGGUCUCUACAAUGACUCAGAGCCCCCACGGAAGACCAUGCGCAGAGGGGUGCUGAUGACACUGCUGCAGCAGUCCGCCAUGACCCUGCCCCUCUGGAUCGGGAAACCUGGUGACAAGCCCCCACCCCUCUGUGGAGCCAUUCCAGCCUCAGGGGACUAUGUGGCCAAACCUGGAGACAAGGUGGCUGCUAGGGUGAAGGCUGUGGAAGGGGAUGAACAGUGGAUCCUAGCUGAAGUAGUCAGUUACAGCCAUGCUACCAACAAGUAUGAGGUAGACGACAUUGAUGAAGAAGGCAAAGAGAGACACACCCUGAGCCGUCGGCGCAUCAUCCCACUGCCCCAGUGGAAAGCUAACCCUGAGACAGACCCUGAGGCCUUGUUCCAGAAGGAGCAGCUGGUGCUGGCCCUAUAUCCCCAGACCACCUGCUUCUACCGUGCCCUGAUCCACACCCCACCACAGAGGCCUCAGGAUGACUACUCAGUCCUGUUUGAAGACACCUCUUAUGCAGAUGGCUACUCCCCUCCCCUCAAUGUGGCCCAGAGGUACGUGGUGGCUUGUAAGGAGCCCAAGAAAAAGUGAAUCGGGCUGGUAGGCUUGAAUCUGCCACUGCCAACCUCAUGGGAGAAGGCUACAAAGGAGUUCCUAUGAUCAAAUAAAUACUCUUCCCUCUCA